CGUAAGUUUGCUAAUGUACCUUUUAAAGGACCUCACCUCGCCGCAGAGAAAAUUAAGCCCUGGAAAGAAUUUGGCUCAGCAGCCAGUCAUAUGCCUUGCUAAAAUAGCACAGCCGGCCAAUAUAGGGAGGAGGGUGUGUGUGUGGAAAAAGACAGGGUUAAGCAAUUAAUUUUUAAGCACUAAAUAUUUAUUGACAGAGUGUCUCUCCAGGCAGUGUUCACAUGCUUAGAGCUGAAGCUUUUAACUUGGCAGUGCUGUUUAAGCAAACAAAGUCAGUCAGUUGAACGCAAUGAUUAACAGGAAGUUGGGGAGCUGACAUAGUGGGCAACCUUUGGCCGGGAGAAGAAGCUACAGUAGAAAUCUUAGAGGGAUCACUUGCGGAAUGGUGACCUCACCCUUCGGUGAUUUUAAUGUGGGGACGGGGGGACACAUCAGAAUCAGAAUCUUCCCGAGGCAGCUGGUUUUCGUGUGGUAACAGGUGGCAGGUUCACCGGAGAGAGAGCAGAGCAGAUGUCCCCAGGAGCUACUUCAGAAAUGUGUCAUAGAGAGGUUGAAAUGAAACACAGCCGCGAAUGAGCCAGAAAGGAAGAAAGAAAAAGGACAAAACCGUCUCCUGGAAGGGCCCAGAGCAGUCGAUCAGAAUUGCGAGUCCCCAGAGGAUGAUUUACGGAUUCCGGAGGCAAUGUAAGUUAACUAUAUCUACACUCUGAUCCGAUCUCAAGAGGCGUUUACUCACUUUCUGGCUUUGAAUGAUGGUCUCUUGGAAGCAUUGUCUUUUUAGUGUGUCUCUUAUCAUGGCCCUGAUCUUUGUAUUUGUUUAUAAGAACGAGUUAAGGGAGGAUAAGCAUUUUCUGAGGGCAUCUCUGUCCAAUGCCUCCCUGUUAGCAGAAGUCUGUCAUCAGAUUUUUAAGGGGAAGGUAUUUUACCCAACAGAGAAUGCCCUGAAAACUACCCUCCGUGAAUCUACCUGUUAUGACUACAUGGCUCAAAGUCACUAUAUAACAGAAACACUCUCUAAGGAAGAAGCGGGGUUCCCUUUGGCUUACACAGUGACCAUCCACAAAGACUUUGGCACUUUUGAGAGACUCUUUAGGGCGAUUUACAUGCCCCAAAACAUCUACUGUGUUCACGUGGAUGAAAAGGCGACGGAUACAUUUAAAAAUGCGGUGAAGCAAUUACUAAACUGCUUCCCAAAUGCUUUUCUGGCUUCUAAAAUGGAGCCAGUGGUCUAUGGUGGGAUUUCCAGGCUCCAGGCCGACCUGAACUGCAUCAAAGAUCUCGCGGCCUCUGAAGUGCCAUGGAGGUACGCCAUCAACAUGUGUGGGCAAGAUUUCCCCCUGAAAACCAACAAGGAGAUAGUUCAGUAUUUGAAAGGAUUUAAAGGGAAAAACAUUACCCCGGGGGUGCUGCCCCCCAGUCAUGUUAUCGGACGGACUAAAUAUGUCCACCAAGAGCUAUUACACCAAAAAAACUCCUACGUGAUUAAAACAACAAAAUUAAAAACUCCACCUCCUCACAACAUGACGAUUUACUUCGGCACUGCCUAUGUGGCCCUCACGAGGGAAUUCGCCAACUUUGUCCUCCAAGAUCAGCACGCACUCGACUUGCUUUCCUGGUCCAAGGACACCUAUAGCCCCGAUGAACAUUUCUGGGUGACGCUCAAUAGGAUUCCAGAGUUCCUCAGUUCCAGCCAACUUCUUUGUCUGGGGCUCGGUAGAAGAAACUACCAUCUAGAUCAAGAUUAGAGGGAGAAUCGGCCAUCUUGGAAUUAGGGAGACUCUGUGUCGUCUUAAUGUGGCACGUUCCCCAGGGAUUUCUCCAGAGGAAUUUUGACUGUGUGUCGUCUCCUCUUUACACCCUGACUUUGCAACCUAGACUCCCUAUAAGAUGUGUACGUUCUUUGAAUUGGAUUUAUUGUACGUUUAUUGUAUAAACAUGUACAUUUAUUGUAUAUGUGUACAUUUAUACGAUACAUUUAGGUAAAUGCAUUGUAUACGUUUAUUGUGUAAAUGUAUAUAUUUCUCUCUCCCAACACUUCCGUACAGCAGCUGGUGCUUGUCACAACAAAUGCCCUCCUUAAUCCCUAUCUCCUAUUUCACCCAUCCCCCCACCACCUCCCCUCUGGUAACCACCAAUUUGUUCUCUAUGGGUAAGAGUCUGUUUCUUGCUUUCCCUCUCUCUCUCUCUUUUUUUCCCCCUUUGCUCAUUUGUUUUGUUUCUUAAAUUCCACAUAUGAGUGAAAUCAUACGGUAUUUAUCUUUCUUUGACUUAUUUUGUUUAGCAUAAUACGCUCUAGCUCCACCCAUGUCAUUGCAAACGGCGAGAGUUCAUUCUUGUUUAUAGCUGAUUCAUAUUCCGUUGUAUCUAGACACAGCUUCUUCUCUACCCAUUCAUCCGUUGAUGGAUGCUUGGGCUGUUUUCAUAAUUUGGCUAUUGUAGAUACUGCUGCUAUAAACAUCAGGGCGGGUGCACGUAUCCCUUUGAAUUAGUAUUUUUGUAUUCUUUGGGUAAAUACCUAGCAGUGCAAUUUGGGGAUCGGAGGGUGGUUCUGUUUUUAACUUUUCUGAGCUACGAUUUCAACACUAUGUAAAGGUUGUCAUGUUGCCAAAUGUGUGAAAGGGCAUUGCUUUUACAAUCCCUCUUUGAGGAACUUGGAUAAUGGAUAUUAUCCAUCCAACUAUGGAUAAUACUGUUCUUUUCAGAUUCUUGGUCGCCGACCAUUGAGCCUUGGUUAAUAGUUGAUUUUAGGGUCACUACUCUCAGAGAAAUUCAGAAUUAUGGGGAAAUUUUAAUUUGCAGUGACUGUCCCCCUUGAAUCUUUCCUCAGCUUGCUUUUUGGCUCUUAAUGUUCUUUGUUACUUGGUGAUUCACAUCACGGUUUGGGUUCUGAUGAAUCAUAACACUGUAUCAUGCCCCCCACAUUUCCCUCUUUUUUGGGUAUCUCUUCCUGAGGCUCCCACCGACACCUGCUGAUAUGUUCCCCCUUCCACCUCCCUACUCCCCACAAACCCACUUCUCCAGAGUCUCCGUGACUGGCACUGCCAUUCUUUCCUGGGAGCCAACUGCUUUGUGCCCCAUAUCUAAUCAGCACAUUCUGUACAUUCUGUCUGGGAUGGUUUCUAGUGAGUAUUACCCAACUUGUUCCUAUCACGGCCACUCUAACUCCAGCCCGUCAUGCCUCUCAAAUAGAUUGUUAGAUCCGUCCAAGUGCCCUCACUAGCCCGGGUCUCUCUCUCUUCAAACCAUUCUAACACUCGACAUAUUUUUCUAAUUAAGGCAUGGCUCUAAGAAUAACUUCUCAAUCUCACAUGCUGCAGGGAGUUCCCACAGCUUAUUGAUUUGCUCACUAUAAACAUCUCAUGGGAUGUCGGAUAUCAACAUACUCCUAAUAGAUAUCACCUCAUUAUCACCAAUACCACCUCACUGUCAAUUCUCACUGCUGCUUUCUCUGAAAAAAAUAUUCCAGAAAAACCACCUUCCUUGUGUUCCUGCCUUUGGCACUUUUCUUCAGGUCAUUCUCUCUCUACCGGGGCCACUCUUCUCCAUCUCUCCCAUUUAAAUAAUGGCCUUAAUAUGUCUGGUUUUAAUGGCCUGUCAUUUAGGAAGCUUUUCCUGAUCUUUUUUUUUUUCCUCUCUCGAUGAUACACUUUGUAAACCUUUGUAAUGCUUGUAUGUCAUUUUAUAAUCUUCUUUACAUUAUGAUUAUGAAUGUGAAUAUCGUAUUACCCUGACUAAAGUAUAAUCUCGUAUGGGGUCUUUCAUGUUUUUGGCAGCCCAACACAGUGAGCAUCCAGUGGGAUAAGAAUAGUUAUUGAAUUGACAUAAAUGGAAAUAAAUCUUUUUUUUUUAUGGUGAAAAAUUUUAGAUUUAGAUGUAGCCAGCUGGACUCAGUUUAGAUGGUCCCAAUUUUGUUGCCAAUAUCCAAAAGCAUCAUAAUUAGGAGCCAGUCAAACAUAUGCUUUCUUCUUUCCAUCAGGCCUGAUCUGGGUGUUGACGUUGGCCACGUCAAGGUAAUAGAGUUUCUUCACAGUGUCUUUAAUCUGGUGCUUGUUGGCCUUGACAUCCACAGUGAACACAAGUGUGUUGUCCUCUAUGCUCUUCAUGGCCAACUGGGUAGUAAGGGAGAACUUGAUGAUGGCACAGUGGUCCAGCUUGUGUCUUCUGGGGGCAUUCUUUCAAGGAUAUUUGGGCUGCCUUCAGAGGCAUUUGGGUCAUCAGAAGGUAGAUGACCUGCAGAUCUUCCUUGUGUGUGUGUGUGUGUGUGUGUGUGUGUGUGACUGUGAACAUCUUUCAGCACCAUUUUCUUGGACUUCAAAGCCUUUGCUUUGCCUUUGUCUUUGGGAAGGACAGGAACUUCCUUCUUCACCGUCAGCACCAUCUUUGUGAAAGGCAGAAAUAAAUUUUUUUAUUCAAGUGUAAUUAACAUGCAAUGUUAUAUUAGUUUCGGGUGUACAAUGUAAUGAUUCAACAAUUCUGUAUGUGACCCAGUGCUUGUCAGAGUGUGCUCUCAGACGCCUGGGUGGCUCAGCCGGUUAGGCAUCUGCUCAGGUCAUGAUCUCACGGUUCGUGAGCUCGAGUUCCCCAUCAGGCUGUGUGCUGAGUGUGGAGCCUGCUUGAGAUUCUCUCUCGGUCCCUCCACCGUGUGUGCACGUGCUGUCUCUCUCUCUCAAACUAAAUACAUUAAUUAAUUAAAAAAAAAAAGUAGAUUCUUGAUUCCUUUUAUCUAUGUCACCCGCCCCACUCACCCACUUUCCCUCUGGCAACCCCAGUUUGUCCUGUGCAUUGAAGAGUCUGGGUUUUUGUUUGUCUUUUCUUCUUUCUUUCUUUGCUUUUUUUUUUUCUUUCUUAAAUUCCAUAUAUGAAUGAAAUCAUUUGGUAUUUGUCUUUCUCUGGAUGACUUAUUUUACAAAGCAUUAUAACCUGUAGGUCUGUCCAUGUUUUCACAAAUGCAAGAUUUCAUUCUUUUUAAUGGCUGAGUAAUAUCCCAUUAUAUAUGUAUACCAUAUCUUCUUUAUCGAUUCGUCUAGAGAUGCACACUUGGGCUGCAUCUGUAUCUUGGUUAUUGUAAAUAAUGCUGCAGUAAACAUAGGGGUGCAUAUGUCUUUUCAGAUUAGUGUUUUGUUUUUUAGGAAACUCCAUACUGUUUCCCACAGUGGCUGCACCAAUUUGCGUUCCCAUCAACAGUGUACAUGGGUUCUUUUUUUCUACAUAUCCUCGCCAACACUUGUUAUUUCUUGUGUUUUUGAUUUUGGCCAUUCUGACAGAUGUGAGGUGAUACCUCAUUGUGGUUUUCCCUUUAUUUUUUAAUUUUUUCAUUUCAUUUUUUUUUUUUUUUAAUUUGGGAGAGAGAGAGAGGGCGGUGGGGGAGAAGGGCAGUGGAAGAGGGAGAGAGAAUCCCAAGCCCAGUGGGAUCUAUGCCCUGUGCAGAGCCCAGUGUGGGGCUUGAUCCCACGAUCCUGAGACCAUGACCCGAGCCAAAAUCAAGAGUCGGACCCUCAACCAACUGAGCCACCCAGGUGCCCUCAUUAUGGUUUUGAUUUGUAUUUUCCUGAUGAUUAGUGAUGUUGAGCAUCUUUUCAUGUGUUUAUUGACCAUCUGUAUAUCUUCUUUGAAAAAAAGUAUAUCUCUUUAGGUCCUCUGCCCAUUUUUUGAUCAGAUUGUUUGGCGUUUCUUUUUCUUUUUGUUUUGUUUUGUUUUGUUUUGGUGUUGAAUUGUAUGUGUUCUUUAUAUAUUUUGGAUAUUAACUCUUAUCAGAUAUAUCAUUUGCAAAUAUCUCCUCCCAUUCAGUACGUUGUCUUUUGUUUUGUUGAUUUCCUGCACCAUACAAAAGCUUUUCAUUUUGGUGCAGUUCUAAUAGUGUAAUUUUGUUUUUGUUUCCCUUGUUUAAGGAGGCAUAGCUAGAAUUGAUGUUUCUACAGCUGACAUCAAAGAAAUUACUGCCUAUGUUUCAUUCUAAGAAUGCUACUGUUUCAGGUCUAACAUGUAGGUAUUUAAUCCAUUUUGAGUUUAUUUUUGUAUAUGGUGUAAGAAAGUUGUCCAGUUUCAUUCUCUUACACGUAACUGUCCAGUUUUCCCAACACCACUUUUGAAGAGGCUGUCUUUUCCGCAUUGUACAUUAUUGCCUCCUUUGUCAUGAAUUAACCGACCAUAUGAGGGUGGGUUUAUUUCUGGACUCUCUGCUCUGGUCCAUUGAUCUGUGUGUCUAUUUUUGUGCCAGUACCUGCUGUCUUGAUUACUACAGAUUUGUAGUAUAUCUUGAAAUCUGGAAUUUGAUACCUUCAGCACUGUUCUUCCUAAAUGGAAAUAGUUUUUAAUAUGCCCCUCAGCCUGCUGCCCAGUCAGUUGCAAAUCAUCACCCCUUCCACCUCCACCCCCAUCACACACACACACACACACACACACACCCUAGAUUACUUUGCCAUGUCCUGAGGGAUCAGUUUCAGACAGCAUUUUCUAGCCAUGUUCAGUCCUUCUGGGACAUUUCUGACAUUUCCUUUCUACUCCUGGUCAAUAGCAAUGGUACUGUUCUCUCUCCUUGUGCUUCCAAAGCAUCUUGCUCACCUUGGGAAUACUUCACAGUGCCAACCUUAUUUGGGGAGCAGUGCUGGCCCUAGCCAGACUAUGCCUCAAUCCGAGGUCGACCGUCCCUGAUCUUACCAAACUGGUGCCUUACUCCACACCAUAGAAGUAAAAAAGAACAGCCCAACAGCAGAAGCCCCUGCUUUAAAGGACGUAUCUGGGUUUUCAUAAGGCUACUUAUUUGAUGAAAUUAACUCAUCAGUUGGUGAACAAUCUUAGAAAGUUAUAUCCAGGGGCACCUGGGUGGCUCAGUCAGUUGAGCGUCUGACUCUUGAUUUCAACUCAAGUCAUGAUCUCAACGGUUCGUGAGUUCGAGCCUGUGGUGAGCUUGGAGCUGGGAGCGUGGAGCCUGCUUGCGAUUCUCUCUCUCUCCCUCUCUUUCCAUCCCUCCCCUGCUCUCUCUUUCUCUCUCUCUC